UCGUGCGCGCGGGAGGAGGCUGAGCAUGGACGACAAACUACAGAAGAAGGUCGACGCAUACGAAGCCUUCCUCAACGACGUCCUGAAGGAGGACCUUCGGCGAAUCCUGCAUCAGCGAGACGCCAUCUACGAACAAACAGCCGACUACCUCCAGCUUCGGACCGUCCUCGAGAAGACGCAGCGCUGCCACGCGGCGGGCGAGCCGCUGCGCACGCGCGUGGACGUCGGCUGCAACUGCUACAUGCACGCCGUCGUGCCGGACGCGUCGCGAGUCUGCAUCUGCGUCGGCCUCGGCGUCUACGUCGACUUCACGUUCGCCGAGGCGCUCGCGUUCGUCGACCGCCGCUGCGCGCACCUAGGUGGCGCCGCCGCCGCCCUGACGAAGACGGCGACGCAGAUCAAGGCCCAUGUGAAGCUGGUGUUGCAGGGACUGCGCGAGAUACAAUCGAUAUCGGACACGGGGGAGGCGCAGCACGCGAGAGACGUGUGGGGGUGAAUCGCCCAACCAACGAG